ACAAAUAUCGUCAUUAGUAAAAACAUUGAAGUGGCAAUUACUUCAACAUGUUGAUCAAGUUUGCAGUUUUACUAGCCGCAAUCGGGUUUUCGUCUGCCGCUAAUCCAACAACUGGGAGCUGUCUCUGUGUAACCGCAAAUAGCGUCAACGUCCGUGAUGCAGCUGGUUUAAGCAGUCACGUGGUCACAUCAGUUUCUCACGGCCAAUGUUUUAAGUUUAAUGGCGGUAUUUUAACUAAAGAUGGGUACAAAUGGUAUGAAGUACAAGAUGUGAAUGGACAUCAUAGAGUAUGGAUUGCCUCUAACUUUGUCUCAGUAUCGGCUGCUUCACAUUGCACACACGUCAGUACACAUCAAGGAAACUUUGCAUCAGGGAUCGUGUCACAUGCUUGCCUACAAUGUAUCUGUCAGCAAGAGUCCGGAUGUAAGCCAAUUGGUUGUCAUUUCGACGUAAACUCUGACUCGUGUGGCUACUUCCAGAUAAAACAGGGUUAUUGGCAAGAUUGUGGAUCGCCAGGAGGAAGUUGGAAAAGUUGUGCUGAUGAUCUACACUGUGCUUCACAAUGUGUACAAAACUACAUGAAGAGAUACGCUUCUCAUUACAACUGUCCGAUGACAUGUGAGGGGUUUGCCCGUGAGCAUAAUGGAGGACCAAAUGGUUGUCAUCACUCGUCCACAUUAUCAUAUUGGCAUGGUGUCCAAUCUCAUUCUGGUUGCCAUAAUGUUCAUUAAAUUAAAUGACGAAUGAGCGAGCAAUAAAGCCAAAUAUAUUUUGAAAUUUG